CUCUUCCAAAUUAAUUUCUUUCUUGAUCUCUCCGCCUACUCCACUCUCUCUCUCAUGCCCAUAUAAUAAUUAAUUCUUGUAUCUACUUGUAUGUAUAUAUAUAUAUAUAUAUCUAUACAUAUAUGACUCAAUUGGUACCACCGUUGUCUCCUUCUUCUUCUUCUUCUUCUUCUUCUAAUUUCAAAGGAAUAAAAACCAGAACAGACUCUCUGCAAUAAUCAUCAUGGGUUUCUUCAACCUCAAAGGCGCCAUUUACAAGCCUCUUAAACAGCUUGACUUUGGUCCUCAAAGUCAUCAACCCUACCUCCAAGCCAACGUUAAAGCUCCUCGCAUGGCCGGAAUUCUGGUGAAGAUAUUCGCCUGGAUCUUGGAGUCGCCCAUUCGGACACUUGUCUUCUUCGUACUCAAGAGAAAUAAUCUCAUUCACGAGCUAAUUACAAAAGCAGAGUUGGAGGAACCUCCUCUCUUUGUUCCCCUACAUCCUUUUGAAGAUCUUAGAGAAGAAGAAACUAAAUCUGUAGAUUCUGAUUCAUCGCCGCCGGAACAAGUUGAGGAAGCAGUGAGAUGUCUUCCUGCAUACUCGUUAAAAGUAGCAGACUCCAUAACCUCUGGCUUCCGUCGCUGGACAAUACUCGAUUACUCAACCGCUUAUGCUUCUGGAGAAAUCACUCCUCGAAUGGUUGCAGAGAGGUUUGUAGCUGCUGUUGCGGAAACUUCCAGGCCUCCGCUCAAAAUGUCAUUCUUCAUUAACUAUGAUGUCGACGAUAUUCUGAAGCAGGCCACAGAAUCUACUCUUCGCUAUGAAAGAGGAGAGCCCAUAUCAGUUCUAGAUGGAGUCCCAGUUGCUAUCAAGGAUGAAAUAGAUUGUUUGCCAUAUCCAACUACAGGAGGAACAAAGUGGUUACACAAAUUCAGACAUUGUACAACUGAUGCAUGUUGUGUGAGCCGCCUUAGACAAUGUGGUGCCAUACUUGUAGGGAAAACUAACAUGCAUGAGCUCGGGGCUGGAACUAGUGGCAUAAAUCCACACUAUGGACCAACUAGAAAUCCAUACAAUACCAGCAGGAUUUCUGGUGGAUCUUCUAGUGGAUCUGCUGCAGUGGUGGCUGCAGGAUUGUGUCCCAUUGCCCUUGGUGUUGAUGGAGGAGGGUCUGUGAGGAUGCCUGCAGCACUGUGCGGCAUUGUUGGAUUCAAACCAACUUUUGGGCGUAUAUCACAUUCUGGUGUUAUUCCUAACUGGACAGUUGGGAUGGUUGGAAUACUAGCAGGCACUAUAGAGGAUGCAUUUAUAGUUUAUGCGGCUAUUAACAGCCAACUGCCUUCGCAUGACCUCACCACUUUACUGCCCAAAGUGCACUUUCCUCUGCUGAAGGAAACAAAUCCAAUAUCCAACAUCAAAAUGGCAAAGUAUGAAGAGUGGUUCAAUGAUUGCAGCGAAGAUAUAAGAGUUUGUUGUUCCAAUGCUAUGGAGCAGCUUUGCAAGAACUAUAACUGGAAGACCGUAGAUGUUACUAUACCUGAGAUAGAAGCUAUGCGCCUGGCACAUUACAUGACAAUUGGAUCAGAGUGCAGCACUUCACUCAGCUCCCAUCUUGAAAACUUGGAUCCUGCAGAACUAGGAUGGGAUGCAAGGGUUGCACUGAGUGUGUAUGGUGCAUUCAGUGGCAAUGAGUAUAUAAAGGCUCAGAAGAUUAGGAAUCGCCAGUUGCAGAUUCAUAGGCAGAUAUUUUCGAAGGCAGAUGUUAUAGUUGUGCCAACAACUGGGGUGACUGCAUACGAAAUUUUUGAUGAUGUUCUGGAGACUGGUGAACUUGACUACAUAAAUGGAGCUGCACUGGUUCGAUAUCAGAUAGCUGGAAAUUUUCUAGGAUUGCCUGCAGUGACUGUUCCAGUUGGAUAUGACAAAGCAGGUUUGCCUAUUGGCCUGCAGUUCAUUGGGAAGCCCUGGUCUGAAGCCACAUUAAUCCACCUAGCAUAUGCACUGCAGGCCUUGUGCAUCAACAGAAAGCCAGAGGUAUUCUAUGAUCUACUGCGCAAGGAUAAUUAAUUCACUCUCCGGAGUUGUUGUAAUGAUUCUCAUCCUCAUCAAUAAAAAAGCAACUGCUAGAAGGAAUGAAUCAAAUUCUUAGCAUCAGGGCAUCCAUAUUAAUAAAAAGAAGUUGAUUUGUUGUACUUUACAUGUUUAAGCUCGUUCUUUCUGGGGCAAAUGGCAGAGAAAAUGUUUGAGGUGGGAAUUACAAUCUAAUGGUUUAGACAGACUGUCGAUCACCUCUAAGUAACGAAAGCUUAAUCCUGUUUAAUCAUCGUCAUAAUUCAUAUAUAAUUACAGUUAAGUAAUAAAUAUUAGUUUGAAUUAAA